AUGUCCUUAUCAGACUACCAGCGAAUUAAGGAUAGGCAACAAACUUGGCUUGUCAUGCCAAGGUCACCGCCAAGAUAUGCAGAGCAGGGUCAGUCCCACCAGUCCAACUGCAUCAAGAAGGAGAUACACGCGGAGAAGACAGACGCACCACCAUGGCUCGCUGAACCGGGCGAUUGGCGCUGCGGUCAAGACGCUCUAGAAUGGAUCUCUUCCCAAUAUUGGUUGAUUCUGGUUUUACGCGUUCCACACCAUCCCUUCACUGCAAACCUCUCUGCUUGGCCGUCUUGGGUUACUUCGCCCGCCGUGACAAGCCUCCCGGGUAGCUCGUUAUCAGCACCGUUCCCUGGGACCACUAUCUCGCCCUCCCCGCAGCCUCGGUCGUAUAACAACCGGUCAACCCUGCUGCUCAGGCGCGCUCAAGGCUUUCUCGCUGCCUCACUCGCCUGUUUUUGA